AUGUCUUCCUCCACCAACUCGUCUUCCUCCACAUCACAGGGCAGGCAUCCCGGGGCCGAAGACUUUCGACAGCACGUGCAGGAGCCAUCAUUGCAGCGAACCUCGCCUGAGUUGCUGAAACACGUUGCAGAGUCCGCAAAGGGGACGCGGCAAAGAUACGAGUACCCUUUCUGCUGGCAGUACGCGCAGUCGAGCUCGGCGUGGGCGGUUGGUGCGGCUGCCACCAGUGCGAGUAACAGCACUACGGCAAGCAGCACAAAUUGGCAGAGUCGCAUCGCCAAUACCGUCAGUAGGCGCAAAUAA